AUGCCAGAAAUUCGCUCCCUCAAGAUGGCGAGAUCGGCUUCCACGUCUGACCCCCAACCAAACUCCGACACUCAACCGGAGCACCCGUGUUUCACAGGCAACGAGAUCGCAUUCAUUCAACACAAUGGACUCGAUGUGCCCACCACUUCCAUGAUCUCCAAGGUCAAGCACAAGCUCCGAUUCUACACGCCAGCACUGUUGCUAGAAGCCAACCUCGACAAGGAAGGAGAUCUGGGUUUCUGGGCGCACACGUUCGAAAUCUUCGACCAAGACUUCACAUGCCCAGAGCCCGGGCAUGACCAUGACCCUGACCCAGAGAACGACGAAGAUGACCCGUUCAACCCCGAAGGCAGCUGGGCUGAUGACAUGAUCUUCACCCACCUCCCUGACACUUCCUGCUCAGGUCAGGAGAUGUUGGCUGUCCUCAUUGCUAAUCCGCCCGAGGAUUUCAAUUCAGCCACCGAACGUUUUCAUCCUCGCGAAGGCUGCCCCUUUGGCCGUGACGCCAGAUGGCUUGAUGACCAAGAUUACGAUGAAAUCAAGAGUCUCGAGUUCAAUGUUCCACAGGACUUUGCUUUCCGUGACCUUGACAAGCAAGAAGAUGAAGGCCAUUUUCGGUACUACACUCCAUACUUGUUGAUCAACGCAAGCCGGGAGAUGGCGUCCGACCAUGAGGACUGGUCUGAAUUGCUCUCCGUCGUUCUUGGAAAGCAUGAAGCACUUCGACUGCUCAAGCGCCUCGGCUAUGGUGAUCCCGAGGCCCAAUACAUCCGAGGCAAGGAUCUUGAGAAAGCUCUGACCGAACAUGGCGCUUCACAGAAGCUGCCCGGCUUCGAGUUAUCUCUUGCCAAAGCUUGCAAGACUCAUCCUGUCAUAGAAGCUGUCCUAGAACCUGAACCUGAACCUGAGAGCACUGGAGCAGAGGAUCAAGUCUCCGAAAUCGGCGAUUCUGGAGCUGGAUCGGUCGUUGACCUCGACAACAAUGGCGAUGAAGCUCAAGACAAGAAGCCUAAGCCGAAGAAGUCUGGUGCGAAGAAGUCUGGUGCGAAGAAGUCUGGUGCGAAGAAGUCUGGUGCGAAGAAGUCUGAUACCAACAAACCCAAAGGUCAGACCCUUCCCUCUGCCAAACGAGAAUGCUUGACCCUACGUACCGACGAGUUCGAGCUACCAUAUCCCUUGCUUCCAAUGCCCGCCACCAGCAAGAAAACAAACGAUGGAUUCGUCUCUUCAGUACCCAAGAAUUAUACCAGAGCCAUGGAUCCAGAGAUCAAGAUAAUGUUGGUGGAGGACUUGACCGCCUUGAUGGCCAUGACCAGUCCCAGGGGAACGGCCUUCGAGGUGAACAAAAUCAAGGUCAAGGACCGUGCCGUCUACCUCGGCAACAAAUACCCUGCAACUUAUUUCACAAACGGGUCGGGACCCCUGACCUGGGCGAACAAGGUCCACGACCAAUGGGAAAACCUCAUCUCUGGCCGUAAGAAGCAUUCACCCGACCUGCGAAUGGCUCUCUUUGGUCACAAUGAAAAAGAUGUAGAAGUUUUCAAGCAGAGGGUACUCGAAGUUUUGACCCGGGCUCACAGCAUUGCUGAGGCUCAAGAGUGGGCCGCUACGCGUCAAACUCAUCUCAAGAAGCUUGAGCUCGUAAAAGCUCAAGCUCAAGGUCAAUUUGUCUACGAUGGUGACUACAUUCCUGCAGAGUUCCGCAUCCCCAAAGACGGUCUACCCAUGGAUGGCAACGAGGACCAGGUAGAGAAAGCCAAGCGUAAGGAAUCAGCUCUUCCUCCUCAGCCGCCUGCCCUCGUACCCACUCAAGGUCAAGGUCUUUCACGCCAACGUCCACCUCCAACACAAACCACUGCUUCUCCUCCGACUCAAGGUCAGGUUCGUCCGCCCGGACCUCGAGAUCAGACUUCUCCUCGUACUGGGAUUCAAGUACCUGCUCUCCCUUUGAGUCAAGAUCAAGCCCCAGCUCCCUUCAAGGCCCAAGAACCUACCCCUCGGCCUUCAGCUCAAGACUCUGCUUUGGCUAUCAAUGUCGAGCCUACUGAUACUGCAAUUGAUCAUGAAGACCAACUCGAGAUUGAUCUCGCGGCUACUCCUGCUCAAACUAGCGCUCAGUCGUUGAAGCGUCGCCGCGAAUUUCAGAGCUCCUUCCACGAGGAGCAUCUGCCCAAGAAGCUCAAGACCGAGCCACUUGAAGAUCACGACCUUCUUCAGCCCGGUGACCCCAAUCAGUCUGAAGAUCAUGGUCAACUUGUGGCCACUUACAGGUCGACCGUGGCCGACGAGAAGACCAAGGUCGCCAAAGGAUGGUCGGACAACUUCCAUGACCGUCUAGGUGUUGCGCAAGGAGAUUUUACCGCGCAAGCGACCCUGGCCUUCGCCGGAUCACCCGCAAUGACUAGAGACCAGCGCAAGCUUCUGUCCCAGCUUCAAAUGUCUUGUAAGACCCUGACUGCCAAGGAGAUCAACGAUCACCUAAGCCAUCUGGUGCUCACAGCCUUUCACCAGAGUAGUCUGGAGAUCAAGGAGACUUUUAGACUGAGCCGCGCCAGAUGGAUUGUGACUGGCGCCAUUGCUGUUUACAAGGAUCGCGAGCUCACUGCAGCUCAUGCCCUGACCGUCGUAUAUGUCAAGCACGGCCAACAAGCCAUGGAUGAGGCAGCUAGAGCCCUGGCUGCAUUCAAGGUCUGGUCGCCUGGUGUUAUUCCUGUGAAGCAGUUUGGCGAUCUCCCCAGCCCUCCGAUCAACACAUUUCUGCUGGGCAAAGACAUCGCUACGGCUAUGUGGCCCGAGCUUCUAGUUACCAAAGCAUCCCAUGUUCGUCGUGCAGAUCCGACCAAUGAGGAAUUGACGAAGAUGCCCGACGCAGAAGCAGCCAAGCUUUGGCCGGAGAGUCACAGAUCGAUCGUGGCCACGGUCAUGCAAAAGGACAGAAUUUCCGGGGAAUAUCCAGUGACCGAGACCAUUCAUGUCGAUACUACACAGAGUAGCGAGAGCAUAGACAAUGCCUUGACCGGCAAGUUCUUCAUCAACAGGAUCCUGCCGUCGCUGAGAGAAGUUUGGGGUGAUGAUCUGGAUGCUGAAGCUCUGUGGUCAGCAGUCAUGACCGACGGAAAGCUCAGGAACAACCCCUGGACAAAACAGGAGGAGCAAGGUUCAACUCUACCUGCCAUGCGUAGAGCCAAGAUCGUCAAGAAAAUGAAGCUCGAGGAAGUCGAAGAUGAAAAACCCAAACCAUCCGAGUCUGUCAACCCGGCCAAGAAGACCAACCCCAAGAAGGUCAAUGAGGUUAGGGAACCCAUAAAAAAGAAGGUUCGCGGCAGUGCUAAAAAGAGGGAGCCAUCGAGAAAGGCCCCAUUCAUCAUGGAUGAUGUUGAUGCUGAUGGAACUGACGCCGAGGACAGCAAUACCACGGAGCUCACGGUCAAGGCCAAACGCCCGACUAUGGCAAAGAGCACUUCGCGCAAGGCCAAGGCUGCGCUCAAGGCCAAGGCUGCGUCCAAGGCCAAGGCUGUGGAGGAUCCCGAAACUGACGACGACGUCCCAAUCACGACCUUGGACCUGUCCAAGCUCGACUCUACAAAGCUGGCCACCAUCAAGAGACUUGAGACGAGUGCCCCGGGCCUGACGACCUUGAAGCUCGUGACUAUGCGUGAUGAUCCUGAGUUUCCAGACUGGCUGCUUCCGACCGUCAACAAAGCCUUGGAAGCCCGUAUGCCCAAGGCCGAUGAAGAGCUGGCUACACGCUUUGGUUUCUGAGCUCAGAUCUGAAUCUAGCCUCAACAGACCCUGACCUUCGUGAAGCUCGAGGUCUGCGAUCUUUCUCCUUUUGCCCGAUUUCUUAUCACAUUUGUUUUUUUGUUUUUCUUUCUUAUCUAACUCAUGAGCUCGAGCUUGCUUAGUCCUCAACGACAAAGCAGAAUUGCACCAAGCUCCUCUUGAGAUUCAACUUCUCAAGCCAUUUCCUUUUCUUCAUCCAGCCCACAUCACGAUCGAGCUUGACCGGCCUGCAGAUUGCAGUCAAGGUCAAGGCACACAGGCCAUCAUCUUAUAAGCACAUCGGCCCCAUAAGUAGCACAUCAAUCAUCUCCUCUCGUACAUCUGAAGUAUUCUAUCGCACGUGUACCGUGACCGUCAGAAUCGUUUUACAUGUAAGCGAACGUUAAAGGUACAGACUCUUUGAUGGGCAGCACAAAGACUUCAAGG